ACAGAUACAUUAGUUACAUUGUGUUCCAACUUACACCAUGAAGACUUUCUUGAUCAUUGCUGUCAUCGCUUUGGCCGUGGUUGCUGAACCACCGAUUUCUAAAAGCUACCUACCACCUCCACCUGGUGGAAGGGCUGGCUACAGCCAAGGACCACCUUCAGGUCCAGCUUUUCAAGCUGGUACUGCUCCUCAAAUCAUAGCAGCUAGGACUUUACCUGGCUCGGGACUUUCAAAUGGCUUUGCAAGAAGCGGUACUCACGACCAUACCAUAGCAAGAUUCAAUGGAAACCAACAUGGCUAUGAUAGCGCCGUUGGCAGAAACGCUUUUGAACAGAGUAGUGAGCCAGCCAACUACAAUUUUGGCUACAUGGUUAAUGACGUCCUACAGGGGACAGAGUUUGGUCAUCGGGAGGAGAGACAGGAAGAGACGGCAGAGGGAGAAUAUCACGUGGUUUUGCCUGAUGGUAGAAAACAGACUGUAAGCUACAAAGCAGACGAACGUGGUUUCAAGCCUCAAAUAUCCUAUGAAGAAACUGAAGACCUAAGAGCCGGUUAUGAUGUAAACGCCCAAAAUCGCGGGACACACGAACACGAUUCUAAUGGCGGUAGUCAUCACCAUGACAGCGGCUUUGGUAACCAUGACAACAGUUUUGGUAACCAUGACAACGGUUUUAAUGGCGGUCAUGGUAACCAUGGCAGCGCGCGUAGCGGCUACUGACUAAUUUACUUUUUAAUGCUUCCGUUUUUCUGUUUAAAUUAAUAAUAUCAACCUUUACUAC